CAGUUGUGUAUCAGUGCAUGUUUGUAAGUGGGCUUCAGAAAUUUUGGUGACAUCUUUUAACAGAGGAGCUUUGCAUGCCUGGAAGUCCCGCCAAACACCUCACGCACGUCAACUUGGAAGGCGAAAAUCAACAGCAUGUUGUUUCUCUCUUUUAAAUCCCCCCUUCUCUCUAAGCACCCACAGCCAAUCUGAGCCUGUGACUAAAGCGCCAUCUCCCAGACUGUACACUCCAGGCUGCAUUUAGUAGUCUCUGGGUGUGCAGGCACUGAGCCACCUCUGGAUUUAAAGCGCAGUUUACUCGUUUCCGCGCAGUUCCGGACAUCGCUCUGAAAGAAUCAGCAAACGUACGGAAAUCCAACAGCUACCAAUACUCUUUGUGACCACUUAUCUGCAGAGACUUUGUGGCUUUCUGCUGCUUAGUCGCAUUUUUUAAGCGAGAACGUUCACAUGCGGAUCAUACUGUGAAUAGGAAGAAAGGGGGAAAAUCCGGCGGAACCUGGAGUAGCACAACAACAAAUAUCUGACCUCGACCUCCCUGGACGGUACUGAACUGGCUGUUGAAAUAGAGAUGGCGAGAUUUCGCAUCACCCCGUCUCCUCCUCCAACACACAUGCUGCCGAGGCUGAUGAUGAUGUUUGCGUAGGAGUGUUUUAUUUUGCGGACAGCUUCGGUUAACCAGUAGGAACCGUUCAAACAACUCCAGACAAUCGGUGGAUGGAAUUGUGUGCUGCUGCCUGCCUGCUUCAAAAGCAUCUUCCACAGAUCACAUCAUACCAUUGUUACCGGAGUGCUUUUCAGUGGUCUCUCUGCAAGUCCGGAACUGGAAAGAAAAUGUUUUGCAUGGCAACGCUGUGCGUGGAGAAGUAGUCUUCAGUACAAAGAAUACGAAUGUUAAAGGUGGACAUUUUUUGUUUGUUUGUUUGCAAAGGGCGUAUCUGCUAGUUUUUAAUUAUCAACUAAAGAGGAACCAGGCCCGGUGGGUUUUAUUUUGACCUGAGUCGAACUCCAGCUCCACUUUGGUCGCAGGCACUUCAGCGUUUAGUUCGUAUCUUUACCGACAUUGGAGGCUUUUUUUUCUCGGCGUGUUCACCGGUGUCAUUAUUCGUCACUGAGGUUGACAGACUACAGCCUGCCGAGGUCGGGACCUGAGCCCCAAGGAGCCACCCCUACCCUCAAUGUGACCCGGCGAAUUCCUCUUAUCUCUGAAGGGUGUUGAUGGAGAGCAAUUCGAAUGACAGCCGGGACUGUGGUCAUCACUGGUGGAAUUCUAGCUUCGGUUAUAUUACUCCUUAUCAUCGCAGUACUGUGCUACUGUAGGCUGCAGUAUUAUUGCUGCAAGAAGGAAGAGUCUGAGUCGGAGGAGGAGGAGCCAGACUUUGCCGUUACAUCUCACCUCCCGCCGGUUCACUCCAAUCACAACAUUGUGGCGGCUACAGCCGCCGCCUCCUCCAUCCCAAAUGGCCCUGCCCUUUUUUCCACCCCUCCAAUGGCCAGGAAACUGACACGAUCGCAGACCUUCUGCCCAUCCUGUACACACUAUGAGAUGCCUUUCUACCUCCAGCCACCUCAGCCGCAGCUCCACCACCAACCAGAUGGGUUGAGGAACGGAGGGGACCGGAUCAGCUAUCGCAGUGUCCAGCAGCAGGAUCUGGACCUGCCAGUGCCUGUAAACAUUUCAAACUAUCGUAAACCAAACCUUGCCCGUUCAGUUACCAUGAGGGACAUGUUCACACGCAGCUGUAGCAUCAGCACUGAUGUUUAGCUGGGUAAGGUUUAACUCAGUUUAAGCUGAUUCUUACAUUCAUCUGAAUGGCCUGGGCUGGACUGGGCUUGAGUGAGACUGUGUUUUUGUCGUCUUGACCUGUGUAGUCCGAUCUAGUCUGGUCUCAUUCUACCAGUCACCUAUUGCAGAAUGGAGGACUCAGCUGGCUCUCAGGACAGUUUUUUCAAAGGUACUAUGCUCAGGUCCUCACACUUGGGCCAAGACAAAGUGUUUAAAAUGUUAAAUUACCAACAACAUAAACUUGUUUUGAAUCUUUUUUUUUUUAAAGAUUAAUUAAUUUCUUUUAUGAUCUGAUAAAGUCUGUGUUGCCCUACUUCCUCUGGGCUCCUCUACCGUGGCCUGUAGGAUAGGCAGAUUCAUGAUGUGUCAAAAUGAUGUUCAGUAGGGAUUUCUCUCUUCCAGAGCUGCUACAAACAAAAUAUGAUUAGGAAAAGUCCAGUGUUUCCCUCCCUUAUGAUGGGAUUAUCUGUCUGCUCCUCCAUCCACAGAUUAUAGAGGUUAUGAAAUAUCACUCACAGCCAGUGGAGGAGGGAGCGGGUUGUUGUGUUUAGCUGCCACCCCGCAGACAUUUUCGACAGACGUAACUUAUGCCAUAACAUUUUAAGACGUAAAGGGCUCACAGAAGAUUUCCCUCAUCCUUUCAUAGAGUUGCAUAGUUUGACGAAAGAAAGGCUGGUUUCUUGGAGCAUCAAAACACAGUGUAUAUACAGUAUUUUACACUUCAGAAGAGAAAAAUCUCUGCAUUCUUGCAGGCAGUGUGGACUAGGUGCCAAAAAGGUUUUUGAUCUUCAUUUGUGUGCAUAUAUGUGAAGAUACCGGCAAGCGUGUGUGUGUGUGUGUGUGUGUGUGUGUGUGUGUGUGUGUGUGUGU